AUGGUGAUAGACGAUGAGAGGGGAGUUAUAAACCGUGGGGAAAAACGCCUAAGAGAAGAAGACGACAGCGAGCUCACUACGGAUAUCUCGCAGGUGGAAGAAGAUCAAGAUGAGAUAGAUUCUCAAUCAGAUGGCUCUGUGAGAGUUAUCUCUGAACGCGGCAGAGUGGUUGGUGACGUUGGCGAAGAUGACGACGAUGAUUACGAUUACCUCAUGCAAGCUCUGAAUGAGGCAAAAGAGGAACAGGAAGUUGGGGACUCGAAGCGUAGUUCUGAGGAGACUACUGAUGUUGAAAGCAAAGGCUCUUCUGCUUUGAAACCGAGAACUAUGGGGGGACAGUCGUCGGAGAUGGAACCGAUAGACUUGGAAGCUGAAAUUGAAGAACAACAGGCCGUGGAAGAAAUCACGGAUGAACCUGAACCGUCGUCAGCCACAAAGGUAUACAAAGCUGUGAGGGAUUACCAGUGUCCGAUCUGUUUGGAGCCUCCCGAGAAUGCGUCUAUAGCUCCUUGCGGUCACAUUUUUUGCGUUGCCUGUCUGUUUCGAAUGGUGAAUAAUUCAAGAGGUCAGAGGAAGACUGGUCUCUGUGCUCUGUGUCGUAAGGAGAUCCAGUUUCGUCAAGUGAAAAUAGUCAUUCUUAGGAAAAAGAGAGUUAGGAAGGGAUCUUAG